AUGGCGGCGUUCCGCUACAAGUCGUGGCCGUCGAAUCGGAACGCGCCAAUUGAGCACGCUUGUACCAUUCCAGCCAAGUUCCCUGCCGAGGUGAACCUUAGAAUUGGAGUCAACGUGGCCACAUCAGGUCGGCAACGAAUGAACCCGAGCGGCAAAGCGUCUAUGUCUGAUGCUUCUCGCCGGCGGAACCUCCGACGAGCGUGGAACUCACAGAAGCGGGAUUUUAGUUGCCAGAAUCCAGCAGCCAGCAAGAUCAAAGUUGGCGCCCUCCGUCCAGCUUUCGCCGUAUGA